UGCUCCCUAAAAUCCGUAUUAUCAAAGGAAUGACGUCACUAAAGCUCCAGCUCUACUUCCUGGUUUCUGUACCGAGGAGCUGUGUGGAACUGAAACACAAGAAAUCCGGCAGCACAACAUGACAUAUUAUUACCACGGAGCCUAAAAACACAUGCAAGCCACUCGACACAAAACGGGUUCGAAACGAAACAUUUGCAGUCGCGUCUUUGUGGAUUCAGACAGCAAGCCGGUCUGGAGCAGUCGAGAUGUUGUAAACCAUGGACAGCAGAAUUAACGAGAAUCCUGCAAGAACCUUUGAUCUUGUACUGCAGGUGGAAUGCCCUACUUCUGAAAGUAAAGAUCCAGCGGUGUUGUGGAAGUUCCCGAAGGACUAUGGAGACCAGGAAGUACUGCAGACUGUGCCAAAGUUCUGCUUCCCUUUUGACGUUGAAAGGGUAUCGCAGAGCCAGGUGGGCCAGCACUUUACCUUUGUGCUUACAGACAUUGAUGGAAAACAGAGGUUUGGUUUUUGCCGACUAACAUCCGGGUGCAAGGUCUGCCUCUGUAUUCUCAGUUACCUCCCUUGGUUUGAGAUUUACUAUAAGCUGUUAAAUACUCUGGCAGACAAUUUUACGAAACAACAGGAAAAUGACUUGAGUGAUAUGCUAAAGUCAUUGUACAGCUACCCGGUGCCAAAGCCAAACACUUCUGUCAAUCUUAGCAUGAAUGAACAGUUGGUCUUUGCCACUGGGCAAGCUCUGAAAGAUCAGCAAAGCCAGCUGCCGCAUUCACACUUCAUAACUCCUGAUAUCAAUGGACUUCCGACAAUACCUGAAAGUAGAAAUCUGACUGAAUAUUUCGUUGCUGUGGAUGUGAGCAACAUGUUGCAGCUUUACGCCAGUAUGAUGCACGAACGACGAAUCAUUAUUACCUCAAGCAAGCUAAGCACUUUAACUGCAUGUGUUCAUGGGUCAACUGCCUUGCUGUAUCCAUUGUUCUGGCAACAUAUUUACAUCCCAGUGCUUCCUCCACAUCUCUUGGACUACUGCUGUGCACCUAUGCCCUAUGUGGUUGGAGUUCAUCUAAGUUUAUUGGAGAAAGUAAAAAGCAGGACACUGGAAGAUGUAGUCAUCCUAAAUGUUGACACAAACACUUUGGAAACCCCAUUUGAUGACCUUCAAAACCUGCCCAGUGAUGUGAUGUCCACUCUGAAAAGUAAACUGAAAAAGCAGUCUACAGCGACAGGCAGCGGCGUGGCUAUGGCCUUUCUCAGGACGCAGGCGGCCCUGUUCGGAUCCUACAGAGAUUACUUGAGAUACAAGCCAGGGGAGCCAAUUUCCUUUUGUGAAGAUAGUUUUGUAAACCAUCGCUCUAGCACUAUGAGAGCUUUCCUUAAAAUGGCAGUGAAUCUUCAGCUUUUUAAACAGUUCAUUGAUGGUCGACUUACCAGGAUAAAUGCAGGGAGGGGGUUUUCAGAUGUUUUUGAAGAAGAAAUAACUGAGGGUGGCUUUUGUGGAGCACAUUCAAGGUCGUAUCAACAGUGGAUGCAACCAGUAAAGAAAAGUGGUGCAAUGAUUAACACAGCUGUUACCAAAGCAAGCCCCGCUGUGAAAACUGCAUACAAAUUUGCUAAAAAUCAUGCCAUGCAAGGACUAAAAGAAAUGAAGAGUAUGUUAAAGCAAAAGGAGACCAAUGAAGAAGAUGGACAAGUCAGUAUGGGCUCUCCCACUAGUACUAAGAGCCUGUCACCGAAGAGAAAGCAAGGGGAAAGACAGAGAAAAUUCCAUCGGCCAAACACAAGCAUGGGUUGUGCAGACUUUGCAUUGGAUGAUGAUGAGAUGGAUACAGUCAGCAAGUUGUCCUCUGAGGAUAGCAGUGAAGUUUCUGCGUGUAUUGAAGACAGUGAUGAUUCUUGUGAAAUGGAUUCAGAUAAACUGUGUACUGGCAAAAUGGACCUGCUAGGAGAGAUUUUAGACACCCUAAGCAUAAACAACCUGGACCAGGGCAAGCUCUCAGGAGCCAAGAGCUUAGAUUUCUUCAGAUCAAUGGAUGACAUUGAUUAUAAGGCUGUGAACAAGUCCAACACACCCAGUGAGAUGAGCCUCCCCCGGCUGUGCAUGAGUGGUAGUGAACACAGAGGAUGGAAUCUAGAGCAGGAUGACAGCGUGCUCCAUGGAAAGCACCCUCCAACAUCCCCAAGGAGACAGAACUGUGGGGACCCUGGAGAUGAAUUGUAUAUAGUCACAGAAGAAAAUGGUCCAAUUCCUCAUGGUCUUCUUAAAAAAGACUUAUCCAAAAUCACAGUGAUCUCUGCACCCCCAGUAGGUUCUCAGAACGCCCUAGUCCAAGCCGACAGCUCCAGUGUUGUCCAAAGAGACAAACUACCCAAACAAACACUAAAAUGCAGCCCAGAGAGCACCUUGCAGGAGCAAAACCCCAAAAAGAAAGGACGUCAGCCAUCCGUUUUAGUUCCAUGGGAAAAGGAAGACAUUGGGGAAGAUCUGAAAUCGGAAACAAAAGAGAAGGGUCUUCUGGAAGCGAUUGAGUCCGUGUAUCGUAUAAGCUCUGCUUUUAAUGCUGGUCUAAAUAUUUCAGAUCCUGGGGAGAAAGCUUAAUUACAGCAUACACAAUGGAAAUUUGACAUUUCUCCCGAAACCUCACAGCACAAGCAACUAGUUACCCUUUUUCUUUCUCAUUUUUAAUUUUUCCCUUUUUUUUUUUUCUUUCUCCCCUCUGGAUGAAGCAGUUGUUCGAAUUAACAUAGUUUUCAAACACGUACAAAUGUUUUGCAAUUAACUGAUUUUGCUUCAUAAAGCCAAAUGAAACCUGCUGAAUAAUGUUAUUUUAACAUAUUU